AUGAUGCGAAAUCUGUUUCUACGCAAAGCUUCUCUGUGGCCUCGAUUCCAUGUGACCGUUGCGGAAUCCCUAGAGGGGCAUAGGAAAGCAGAAGUGAUCGAACUCGAAGUUCCACUGAGUGACAAAAUGAGGGAAAUACAGAAUGCUGUUCUGGAAUGUGUUGAGAUCAGUAUCACUGAACUGAAGAAAUCGAUUACAGGACUGGACAUGGGAGACUGGACGUUGGACAGUGCCUUGCAUCGGGGGUUUGACGUUUUUAUCAGGCGUCAGCUCGAUCCUAUCUGGCAUCGCAUUAGUUUCAGGACCAGGCAGAUUGUCAGUGACCUGACAGAUCUGCGGGCUAUUCUCCACGCUUUACUCACCUACGAUGCUGUGUCUUUCGUCAAGUAUCUCGAUACUAUAGUGGCAGCCCAUUCUCCACCACCAGGCUCCACAAGGCAUAACUACUCGCCGUGGCUUUUCCUCGACGCCGCCCACGUUCUUUUCCAGACAGCGAAAUCUAGGGUCUACCAAGGAAAGAUAACCAGCGACGCAGCCCGCUCUACGUUGACUACAUUUUCUUCUUCAUUACAGCCUGUUCUAGAAGCGCAGCCAAAGUGGGCUGUGCUGGCUGAGGUGCUGGAAGAAAUUGAACAUGACGCAUAUCUUAACCCAGUACCUGUGGAUGAAUCCAAUAGCACUAUAUUGAUAAUGUGCAGUGAUCAGCGGACCUGUCGGCAGCUUCGUGAAUAUCUUGCCUUGAUGUACGCAACCGUCGAUAAGGAUGAGGGUGACGGUUCGGGUGCCACAGAAGGCUUCCAGGAGACGAAGCCCUCAGCGGAAGUGAUGAUGCGAAGAAAGCUUCGAGAGUAUCUGAACUGGAAGAUUUCCUUUUCCAAUGUCAAUAAAAAUCUAUCCUCUAAGCCGGAUGGCGAGAGUUCAAUUGCCGGGAGGGAUCAGGGGUUGCCUGGGCCAGCUAAUCAUCAACAAGGGAGAGCCCCCCCGAACAAGAGACGUCGAGUACGUGGGGGAGGUACAAUUUCCUCUGCGACAGGCCGUGAUCCGAAUAGCAGUGUACAGACCCAGGUAGAAUUACUGGGCCAAGUUACGGGGUUACUGGAUGAAAUCCAACCUACAGAAGUCGAGGAAACUCAAAAGGAAGAGAUUAUUGUCGAUGAGUUGAUGGAUAUGGAUGAUUAUUACGAGCUUUUUGACAUGAACGAUCUGGUCAUCGUACACCCUUACGACGGGGAUAUGGAUGAGCAUAUACUGGAAGAAGUCCGACCGAGGUACAUCAUAAUGUUCGAACCUGAUGCUGCUUUUAUUCGGCGAGUCGAAGUCUACCGCAGUUCUCACUCUGGGCGGAAUGUAAGAGUAUACUUCUUGUACUACGGUGGGUCGGUCGAGGAACAGCGGUACUUGAGCGCAGUAAGGCGCGAGAAGGACUCCUUUACGAAGUUAAUCAAGGAAAAAGGCAAUAUGGCCGUUACCCUCACUCACGACCGGAGUCUUGAAGACCCUCAAGAACAGUUCCUUCGGACCGUGAACACUCGUGUUGCUGGAGGAGGUCGACUGACGGCGACAGCGUCCCCUCCUAGAGUUGUCGUUGAUGUUCGGGAGUUCAGAAGCGCUCUCCCGUCACUGCUCCAUGGCAAUAACAUGGUUAUAGUGCCUUGCCAAUUGACAGUCGGCGACUACGUUCUCACCCCAGACAUCUGUGUCGAGCGGAAGUCUAUCCGGGACUUACUCACUUCCCUCAGGAAUGGUCGUCUCUACAAUCAAGCGGAGACUAUGCUCCAAUAUUACAAGACCCCUCUUCUUCUGAUUGAAUUUGACCAGAACAAAUCCUUCACUUUCGACGCGUUCGCUUCUGCUUCGAAUCCCAGCACCAGCUUCCUAACAGAUUUUGGCUUCUCCUCGUCCGGUACAGCAACCACCUUAUCUGCAAGCAGCUCCCUCAUAAGCCCAUCCAGCCCCAAAUCCGCACAGCACAUGCUUGUCCUCCUCACUCUUGCCUUUCCACGCCUGAAGAUCAUCUGGUCCUCGUCCCCUUACCAGACUGCUGAGAUCUUUGCAGAGCUGAAGAAGAAAAAUUCAGAACCGGAUCCCAUCCGGGCCGUGCAGAUCGGUCUUGACGUCGAUAUCGCCGGAUCUUCGGAUCAGGGAAAUGUCAUGGCUGCUACUGGUAUUGAGCAUCGGAUUUUCAACCUGCUCCCUCAGGAUAUGCUUCGGGCGGUUCCCGGUGUGACGCCUAACGUCCUCGAGCGGCUAAUUCUAGAGACAGAGAGUAUUCACGAGGUUGCUAAUAUGGAUGUUGAACAGCUUGAUCCAUUGAUUGGGAAAGAGGCUGCGCGGAAAAUAGUGGGAUUUUUUCGUAAAAGUGUAUUUGAAGAUACAUAG